AAGGGUUCAGGAAGCAAAGACCUCCUGGGCUCUGGGAGUGCAGAGCUGUGUGGGCCUGGCGAGCUCGCCGACGUGACAGCCUCUCACUGCCCACGAACCUAGUGGUAACGUCAGGACUUUCGGCUAUUCACUAUGCCACUGCCCGUGGCGCUGCAGACCCGGCUGGCCAAGAGAGGCAUCCUCAAACAUCUGGAGCCCGAGCCAGAGGAAGAGAUCAUUGCUGAGGACUAUGAUGAUGACCCAGUGGACUAUGAGGCUACCCGGUUGGAGGGCCUGCCACCCAGCUGGUACAAGGUGUUUGAUCCUUCCUGCGGGCUCCCUUACUACUGGAAUGUGGACACAGACCUUGUGUCCUGGCUUUCCCCACAUGACCCCAGCUUCGUUGUCACCAAAUCUGCUAAGAAGCUCAGAAGCAGUAAUGCAGAGGUUGAGGAGAAGUCGGACUGGAGCCAUGAUAAGCCCGACCGGGCCCACGACAAGCCCGACCGGGCCCACGACAAGCCCGACCGGGCCCACGACAAGCCCGACCGGGCCCAUGAGAAGCCGGACCGGGCCCAUGACAAAUUGGACAGAGAUCGAGAGCGUAGCUAUGACAAGGUAGACAGAGAAAGAGAGCGGGACAAAGAUCGAGACCGUGACCGCGGGUAUGACAAAGCAGACCGAGAAGAGGCUAAAGAACGGCGUCACCAUCGCCGGGAGGAGCUUGCUCCAUACCCCAAGAGCAAGAAGGUGGCAAGCCGAAAGGAUGAGGAGUUAGAUCCCAUGGACCCCAGCUCAUACUCAGAUGCGCCCCGGGGCACAUGGUCAACAGGGCUCCCCAAGCGGAACGAGGCCAAGACAGGUGCAGACACAACAGCAGCCGGACCCCUCUUCCAGCAGCGCCCAUACCCGUCCCCGGGGGCUGUGCUCCGGGCCAAUGCCGAGGCCUCCCGAACCAAGCAGCAGGACUGAGCCAGUGCACAGCAGCCCUGGGUUGGAGGGGCAGGGUUGGAGGGUGUUUAAUAAAAGCUUUUCUUGGGAUCAUG